ACCCUAACCUUGACAAAAUAACAGUGUCGCAGUCUGCCACAGAGGUAGAGACCAGACUCUCACCGACUCACCCUCACUCUCUCGGUCUCUCCUUCUCGGCUUGAGACCUAGAAUACUCGACGGCUUCUCCAAUCUCCACGAUUCCACUCCAAAGUCCACAGACCACAGAGGCACAGCGGGGGAGCCGCACACACCUGAGGCCCCGUUCUCGGCUUCUGCUUCUCGUCGACCUGAGACGGUGAGACCACGAUUUCUCUGUUCUCGGCGAUUCCACUAAUCCACUCCACUGCUCUCCGUCUCAGGCCUCGCUCAGUCGCUCCUCUCCGGCUCUCCCUGUCUCCCCUCACGCUCUCGGCCGACGACCUCCCUGAGGCUGCCUCAACCCUCAGCCCUCAGCCAAUCGCCCAGUCAGUUGCUACUAGUGGAAGUUGGUAAUAAUAAGCUACUGGUAUGGUCAUGGCUGCAGAGGAUGAAGUGGUGGCUAGGAAGUCUAAGAAAAGGAAAGAGAGAAACAAUGAUAUGUUAGCUGCCAAUCCUGGUCAUAUUGUGAAGGAUGUGGGAGUUGAGGGAGAUAAAAGCUUCGAGGAAGAAAAUUUGAUGAAAAAGAAGAGUGAUAAUGAAGGUGUUGAAAGGAUGAAGAAAAAGAAGAAAAGUGCUGGAGAUAAAAAAGGGGGAGCACUUAUGGAGGAUACUAAUGGGAUUACUGUUGAGAAAGCAAAAAAGAGGAAAAGGAAAAGAGAGGUUGAAAGCAAUAACAAUGAGUUACAUGCUGUGUCCCAAGAUACUGCAAAUGAUGUUUCUGUAGACAAUGGAGGUUAUGUAAGUUCAACUGCAACUGAGAUACAUGAAAGCAAAAAGAAACACAAAAAGAAGGCAGGAAAAAUCUCUGAUGGUUGCACUGAGGGUGAAGUGGAGAAGGUUAAAAGGAAGAAGAAAAAGAACAAGAAGAAAAAGGGGGAGGAUGACCAAGAUCUGGCUAUAGGUCUUGCAUGUACUGAUGGCAUUGCAGAUUUUAGUGUAAAUGAAACACAAGCUAGUGGGGUGGGAAAUGAUAAUAAUAGCCAGAACCAGGUCAAAGAUAGUUCUAAAGAUCCAAAACUGAAAAAUAGCAAGAAGAAAGUGAGAUUUUCCAAUGAGUUGGAGGUAUUUCCCGAGUCUAAUGUUCCUGAGAGUGGGAAUGAUGAAAAUGAAGAAGUGGAGUUGAUUCGAGGUAAGCGGUUCACUAAAAUAGAAGAUGAGAAAAUUAAAGAAGCCAUUUAUAAGUACAUAGAGGUACAUCAUUUGGGUGAGGAAGGUUUGAAUAUGGUUUUAAAUAGUAGAUCUCACCCUGAAGUAAAAAACUGUUGGAAGGAAAUAGGAGCUGCCAUACCAAAUAGGCCUCACAUUGCAGUCUAUUAUCGUGCUCAAAUAAUAUUUCGAAGAGCUGAAAACCCUAAAUGGACUGAAGAAGAAAAAGCUUUGGUACUGCAGCACGUGAAAUUACAUGGGAAUGAGUGGAAAUCACUUGCUGAGGAACUUGGCAGACACAGGUUUCAUGUGAAGGAUACAUGGCGCAGGAUAAAAUUACCUAAGAUGAAGACAGGACAUUGGUCUCAGGAUGAGUACCAGAACUUAUUUGAUUUAGUCAACACUGAUCUGCAAGUGAGGGUCACUGAAGAGAAGAAAUCCAAGCACGGAAUGCUACGGGAUAACAUCUGUUGGACAGCAAUUAGUGAUAAAUUGUCCACACGUAAUGGUCCAAAUUGUUGUCUGAAGUGGUACAAGCAGUUAACAUCACCUAUGGUAGCUGAAGGUCUAUGGUCUGAUUCUGAUGAUUAUCGCCUAAUUGGUGCACUUUAUAACUUGGAUGAAACCUGCAAAGAAAAUGUGGACUGGGAUAAUCUUGUGGAACAUAGGUCCGGAGAGAUAUGUCUUAAGCGAUGGAGGCAAAUGGUUCUUCACAUAGGGAACCAUGGGAGCAAACCCUUUUCAGAACAAGUUGAAGUCCUAGCCAAAAGAUACUGUCCUUCCUUAAUUGAAGCAAGGGAGACCUGGGAUAGCAAGCCUCUUGUACCAUGAUGAUGUGAAAUGCAUGCAAAGUUAUUUACCAUGAAAAGUCUGGGAAAAUUUGAACCAUUUGUGGCUGAUAUCAAUUUUUCAUAUUCAACUCUGGGAUUUAACUUUUACCACCCACCUCCACCUCCACCUGCUCCUCUCCCCAGCCCCAACACUCUCUCCUCUCUUCCUCUCCCUGAAAAAGCAAUUUUGAAGAGACACAUAACUGUAGUUUCUUAUUGUCUUGUUGACUAUGUAAGAUCAAAGUGGCUUUUGUUUAAAGUUGUAAUUUCUGAAAUCUGAUUUUUUUUUUUUUUUCAUUAUGUGUGGUUUGCAAAGCAGUAGGGAUGGUGAUUAAUGCUCUUCAUGUGUAACCUACAACUUAAAACUUUUCCAUUUCUGUAUUCUUCUCUGCUGAACCCUGCGUUGAAGCAUGCUUGAUGUUGGUGCCCUUGUUUAA